AUGGCUGACAUUCAAGGCGCUCUGACGCGGCUCGCGCUCGACCCCGCGUACCAUGAUAUCUUCACAAUCCUCAAGGGUGCUCGUAAUGGCUUGGUGUACGGUACCAAGAUCCGAUUCCCGCAUGCGCUGGUCAUGUCCAUCCUUUUUGGGAGGGGGUCGGCUCGGGACCGUUUACGGUUUGUUUUCAAAGCGACCAAGCAGCAUGCGACCAACCUCAUGAAGUUUGUCGCCAUUUACAAGGGCAUUACCAUUCUUCAAAGACGGACAAACGGAGGCAAGCCACGGAGCAUAGAUUCAUUCCUUGGCGGUCUUAUCGGAGGCUGGGUCGUCUUUGGGAAACGGAACGCCGUAAAUGAACAGAUCGUGCUGUACUGCACGGCACGCGUCGUGUCGUCCUUGCUACCACGACAAAAGGUCAAUGUGGACUGGCCGGCGCACAAGCCCAUCCCGACCGACAAAAAUGUUUUCCAGUACUUUGCUGCGAUCACAUGGGCGUUGGUGAUGUGGAAUUUUGCGGAGCGACGGCAAUCGCUGCAGAAUGGACUGGUGAACAGCAUGGACUACCUCUACGUGAAUGCAGAAAAGUGGAACAGCCUGCGAAAUCUCUUCUGGCACAACGCGUAA